AAACAAUUUGAUAGCAAAUGGCGAUUGUUAAUGAGACACUCAUUCCACUGAUGAAAAAGGACAACAAACUUUUUGAAACAAUUUUUAAUAGGAUUGCCUUCGGCGGAAGUUAUUAUAAGGGAACUAAAUAUGGUAGCCCAAAUGAAUUUGAUCUGUACUUGGUACAUAAAUUAGAUCAUUGGAGCAUUGAUUUAGUGAUUGAUACAAAUCACAAUAAAGUCGGUUAUGUAAAAAUAAAGAUCAAUUAUAGAGGAGGAAGAGAUCCCAAUUGUCUACGGUAUAAAGAAGAACUCAAAAAAAUAACAGAUUCCAAUGAUUACUUGGAUCAAAAUAAAUUCCGUUCGUGGUUGGAAAGUGUAAUUAUGUCAGCUUUCAAUACUCUGCGAAGGGGCCCUUCUGGAUACGAAUUAUACCACGGGGGAAGAACCUAUUAUAUGAGACACAAAAAAUCAGGUCCUGCAUUUACGAUCAUGAUCGGAAAGCCGAACGGUGAUGACGUAUUCGACGUCGAUCUUGUACCUUGUAUUGAAUUCAAUGGUGUCCAGUUAAGUUCUGGAUACAAAAGAUAUAACGAAGAUAAGAGACCGUUUAGAGUGGUACCAAAACCACUAUACGGAUCAAUAUGGAAUGAUAACUUACUUUGGCGUUUAUCCUUUUCCGAAAAUGAAAAAGCUAUGUUAAAUAAAAGCGGUGCAGUGAAGUCUAUAAUAAAAUUAAUGAAGAAAUUCCGCGAUACUCAUGAUCUAAAAAGUAUUGUAAGUUACUAUAUGGAGACGAUUUUCUUCCACGAAUUAGAGAAUCACAAAAAAGACUUGGAUCAAUUCGUAAGAGGAUCUAAAACUUGGCUAUUUAUGCACGGACUAAGAAAAUUGAAGGAAGCUUUGGAAAAAGAGAAGCUUCCGUUCUUCUGGCAUUCGGGGCUGAAUUUAUUCGAAAAGAUGUCAUCGGCUACUAUGCAGAAUCAUGCCAAUCGUAUUCGCAAUAUUAUAGACGAGAUCGACGAUAAAAUGGACAGCGAUCAACUCAUACUUGCCAGAAAGAUUUUAACUGCUCACGAGUCUAAUUAUUUAAUACGAGCUAAUUUUCGAGUUGUAUAUCAAAAUUAUAAUAAUCGCUAUUAUAAUCGCCGAAGAAAGGAUGAUAAUGAGUUUAAUAAUAUGAUCUUGGUGUUCUUUAUAAUUCUGAUUAUUUGGAUGUUGAAUCAGGACCAGAGUACGAGUUCAACUACGUAGAACAUGAAAAAGAACCCGCUGGGAAUUGGAAUUGUACGAUCCUCUAAAAAGAUAAGAUUUUCGUCGCUAACUCUGUCCAAGGUAC